CCCUUUUCCCCUCGACUCUCAAAUCCAUAGUUCCAUUCCGAAGAAAAACCCUAAAAAAAUGCCAUUCAUAUCAAAAAUUCAAAGGCAAACAGAUUACAAUCGCUUUCCUCCAUCGACUCCCAUCGUUAUCGACAAUGGGGCUUCCUAUUUUCGUAUUGGUUGGGCAGGAGAGACUGAGCCACGGGUUAUUUUCCGUAACAUUGUUCAAAGACCUCGCCAUAAAUCCACCGGGGAAACUGUGACAAUUGUUGGUGACCAUGAUCCCGCUUUACUGAAAUACUUUGAUUGCACUCGUUCCGGCCCCCGAUCCGCUUUCGAUAGCAAUGUUGUUUUUCAGUUUGAAAUCAUGGAAUAUAUUCUCGACUUUGCAUUUGAUCGGUUGGGUGCAAAUGGAUCACGGAUCGAUCAUCCUAUCCUGAUCACAGAAUGUGUGUGCAACCCGGUUUAUUCCCGCAGUAAAAUGGCAGAACUUCUUUUCGAGACUUAUGGGGUUCGAUCUGUAGCCUUUGGUGUUGAUGCUGUUUUCAGCUACAAGUAUAAUCAACUGCAUGGGAUUUGUGAGAAAGAUGGUCUGGCUAUCUGCCCGGGGUUCACCACAACUCAUGUCAUUCCUUUUGUUGAUGGGGAGCCCGUUUACAAAGGAUGCUGUCGAACUAACAUUGGUGGAUACCAUAUCACUGACUAUUUGAAGCAACUUCUUUCACUCAAGUAUCCUCAUCACAUGGCUAGAUUCACAUGGGAAAAGGUUGAAGAUCUGAAGAUGGAACACUGCUAUAUUGCACCCGAUUAUGCCUUAGAAGCUCAAUUAUUUCAGAAAGGCGGCAAGAAAGCGGAAGAUAAAACCAGGUGUUGGCAGCUCCCGUGGGUUCCACUGCCUACCGAAGAACCUCCUUCCGAAGAAGAGAUAGCACGAAAGGCUGCUAUAAGGGAAAGGCAAGGACAAAGAUUGAGAGAAAUGGCCGAAGCGAAGAGGUCUUCUAGAAUAAACGAACUAGAAAAUCAAUUGCAUGGAUUGGAAUUUCUUUUGCAACAACUUGGACAAGUUCAAGAGGAAGAUAUUCCGUCUUUCCUUUCGGAAACUGGUUAUGCUUCUAAACAAGAAAUAGAAUUGACUCUCACAAAAGUGACACAGUCAUUACGAAAAGCAAAAGGUGAACCAAAGCCUGAACAAGCUGAAAACGAGGAGAAGGCAGAUUCUUGUACAAGUGAUAAAUAUCCGCUUAUCAAUGUUCCUGAUAAUAUGCUGACCCCCGACCAGCUCAAGGAAAAGAAGAGGCAGAUUUUUCUUAAAACUACGACGGAAGGCCGGCAGCGAGCUAAACAGAAAUGUGUCGAAGAAGAAUUAGAACGAGAAAGGAAAACCCAGCAAGAUGAAGAAAGACGCUUGGAGAACCCUCAACUUUAUCUCGAACAAAUGCAUACUAAAUACAAAGAACUGUACGAGAAGAUUGAACUGCGGAAAAGACUAAAGACAAAUGGAGGACAUACUAAUGGUAGUAAUUCUGGGGGUGUAGGGCGUGGAGAAAGAUUGAAUGCUGCUCAGAGGGAAAGAAUGCGCCUUUUAACUACUGCAGCCUUUGAUCGAGGGAAAGGCGAGGAUACUUUUGGUGCCAAAGAUGAAGAUUGGCAACUUUACAAACUAAUGGGAAAAGAUAACGAUGACGAUGAUGAUGGAGCUGAUGAAGAUGAGGCAGAGCUUGCCCGUGUUAGUUCUAGGCUCCAGGAGAUAGACUCAACAUUUGUUCCUAAACUUGAACCGACAGCUUCACAGCCAACUAUCACUGAGGUACCCCAUGUUCAUCCACUCACUAAGGAAGAUUUCCAAAUUGUGCUCGGGGUUGAAAGGUUUCGGUGUCCUGAAAUAUUAUUCCACCCGAACUUGGUUGGUAUAGAUCAAGUGGGUUUAGACGAAAUGACUGGGGUCUCGAUCAGAAGGUUGCCAUCCAAGGACAAGGCACUUGAGAACAGGUUGACCAGUUCGGUCUUUAUGACUGGUGGGUGCAGUCUCUUUCCUGGCAUAAAUGAACGUUUGGAAGCUGGAAUCCGGAUGCUUCGACCAUGUGGAUCGCCAAUUAAGGUGGCACGAGCAUUAGAUCCGGUUCUUGAUGCAUGGCGUGGCGCUUCCCUGUAUGCUGCGAACUCAAGGUUCCAUCAGCAAACGUUCAGUAGGGCAGAUUAUUACGAGAAGGGAGAGGACUGGCUUCGCCGAUAUCAAGUGCGAUACACAUUGUAAAAGUCUAUGUUGAGAAGAGAUUGUAGUACAUAAAAUCCGACAGCUUAUUCUUCAACAUGUUAUAUUCAUGAAAACUUUCAAGCUUACAGUGGUGCUGUAGAAAUGAAAGCUUUUAAAAAUGGGAUAGAUUAAUGUUUAGUCCCUGGAUUUGACAUUGGUUGACAGUUUUUCUUAAGGAAUGAUGACAUGAUAUUUUAA